CUUUUUUUUUUUUUUUUUUUUUUUUUUUUCCAAACCCCCCUGAUUUUAAAUGACCCACCUCUCCUCCGAUCCGAUCCGCUCUUCUGCUCUCCCAACGUCACCUUCCUCCUCCUCAUCCACUUGGUGGACUACUACUACUGCUAGUACCACUACUACUACCCCGCCUCCGCCAUCGCCUCCUACUCUUCAGUUUCACAGAGUGCUGGUGGUUCGGUGAUUGCUGCCAGUUCCAUCACAGAUACCUCAUCGGCCGGUGUCGAGAGAUCGUCUCUCCGCUACCUUCCUGUCGGAUAACCCACGCUAUUCACCACUUACACACCUCCCACACGAUCCGCAGUUUUAUUUCCUUUUCUGAGUUUUCCCGAUUUUGCAAUUUUUUUUUUAUCAUCAAAGAGCAAACGAAAUUCAUUUUUUAAAGACGUAAAAAAAAAACAGAGUUAUUUGAAAAAAAAAAAAAAAAAAAAAUUGGAAUUAGAAAUCGAAAGGCAAUUUUGUUUCAAAUUGACCCUCUGCUGACGUCUGGGCAUCGAGAGAUGGAAUGACACUCCACCAAGAGCCGAUGCCGUUUGUCGAUCGUGUCGACACAUCUGCCAGUAGAAAGAGUACACGAUCACAGCUUUGCCGGCCGUCUCAUUUGCCCCAUUAAAAAAUUCCCUACAAUUCUAUACAUCCCUUCCUCUCUCAAUCAUCAUCGUGUGAUUUUGUUUUGUAAUUCGACGGUGCGUCGUCAUUGGAUUUCGACUUCAGUGCCUUACGACAGUGCGUCUCUGAAGUGUAGGUGAAUUUCGCUCGAUCAAAACAAAGAAAGAAAUCGUUUAAUUAAGAUCGAAAAGAAAUCGUGAGCAAAACAACACACAUAAAAAAAAAAAAUGGCGUCGUUCGAGUGUUGGUCCAGCUGUAAUAGUGCAAGGCCUACGAUGUGCUCACAAGAGGCUGGAAGCGUUCGGACUCGGCGGCGGAUAAGCGUCGGCGUCUGCAACGACUGUGGUGUCAAGCAAAUCAAAUGCUCGUUAUCUUCGUCACGGCGACACGUUCGCCGCCCUCACGAUCACCGCUCAUCGGCUGGUUAUUGCUAUUGGCUGCUCGUUUUGUUGGUCGUGUCGAGCGCUUUGCUGCCGACACCGGCGAUGGCCUGCGGUCCCGGCCGGGGUGCCAACCGUCGGCGGUCGCCGCGCAAGUUGACGCCGCUCGUCUUCAAGCAGCACGUGCCCAACGUGUCGGAGAACACGUUAGGCGCCAGCGGACUGACCGAGGGCAAAAUCACGCGCGACGAUCCGCGAUUCCAGCAGCUCGUGCCAAACUACAACACGGACAUUGUUUUCAAAGACGAGGAAGGCACUGGCGCCGACCGUCUUAUGACCCAGCGCUGCAAGGAGAAGCUGAACACGCUGGCCAUUUCAGUGAUGAACCAGUGGCCGGGCGUCAAGCUGCGCGUGACGGAAGGCUGGGACGAGGAAGGCCUACACGCGGCCAAUUCGCUGCACUACGAAGGGCGAGGCGUGGACAUCACGACGUCGGAUCGCGACCGCUCCAAGUACGGCAUGUUGGCCCGUCUGGCCGUCGAGGCCGGAUUCGACUGGGUCUACUACGAGUCGCGAGCUCACAUUCACGCUUCGGUCAAAUCAGAAUCGUCGCAAGCUGCCCGUCACGGAGGCUGUUUCCCACCCGAAUCGACCGUGCUCGUCGACGAUGGCAGCACCCGAAAGCUAUCCGAACUUUCAGUUGGCGAUCGAAUUCAAUCGAUGGACUCGCAAGGCCGUUUGGUCUUCAGUCCCGUUCUGCUCUUCCUCGACCGCGAUUUGACCGAAGAACGUGAUUUCGUUCAACUUCAAUCGGCCGAUGGCGCUACGGUUACGAUGACGGCCAGUCAUUUGAUCUACACAGUGGCCAGCCAAGACUUACUGGAGGAUGUCGACAUCGAUCUGAUGAACGAGCAAUUGCAAUCCAACAGUUUGACCUCUGACGAGAGCAGCAGCGCAGAAGAAGAAGAUCGAUUGUUAGGCCAGCUGAUGGCCAACGCCACGAUGGAACGUUUCGGAUCACGACUCAAGGCCACGUUCGCUUCCAAAGUUCAAAUUGGCGACUGGAUCGUGUCAACCGGCCCUGACGGUCGAGCCAACCCUCAACGGGUUGUCGGAGUUUCAGCCGUGACCCAGCGAGGCGUUCUGGCUCCGUUGACCGAGGAAGGCACGUUGGUCGUCGACCAGGUGGUCGUGUCCUGUUACGCCGUCAUCGACGAUCAGGUCAUCGCCCACUGGGCUUUCGCCCCGGUCCGGCUCCUUAACAACGUCCACAAAAGUCUGGUCCACUUCUGGCGAGCCAUCAGCUGGUGGAAUCACGACCGGACGACGGUCGAUGCCACGGGCAGCAGCAUCCCAGUCAGAAAUGUUGAGGCUAGAUCGACGACCAAUGAGAACAAACCUCCGACGUUAGUGGGCAUCCAUUGGUACGCCAAAUUGUUGUACAGGAUAGCACGAGUCGUACUGCCCAGUCACUUGGUCUUCAACUGAACGACCGCCGCCUGACGGUGUGCAAAAACCAAAACACACACAAUCUUUUUGUUGGGCAUCAUUUUGCUCAGCCACAUCUCCACUCUCUCUUAUGUAAUCUCCUAACUCUAUGACGUUUCUUUUUUCUUUUUUUUUUACGUUGAAGAGAGCCCAGCCAUCAUAUGAUAUACCGGGAGAAAGAGAGAGAGAUGGAGAAACUAAAGUUUCCCAAUUUCGUUUUUUUUUUUUUAGUUUGUUUGAAUGGUUUUUUUUUUAUUUGUUCGUUUUUUUUGCUCAGCAAUGUUGAGUCUAUAUAUUUAAAUAUGCCCAAUGAUGUAUGAUUUUGUCGAUUUCCCCAAUCCAAAAAAAAAAAAAAAAAAAAAAAAUUCCUUUUUUCAAAUCCAAUUUAUCUCCUGUAAAAGCCGUUUUCGACUGAUCGGUCAACCCAAACUACAUUGUUCCAAGCAGAGGAACUGCCACCACCAGCCAACCACUACAGUAUAUCCAAAUCCUAUGCAAACAACCUACAUAAAUUUUUUUUUUUUUUUGUCCCUCGCGUUUCCCUAUUGCAGAAUUCUUUAGAAAAAAAAAAAAAAAAAGCGAAACGAAUAUACCCUCCAUAAUUAUGUGAUGAUGCGUGUAAGAUGUAUAACAAUUUGUAAAUAGGAUGAACAGGAAUGUUCAUAUGACACGAUGACGGAGAAAUGAGAACACGAACGGAAAAGACAACCACCAGCCAAACAGAUUUGAAAGAAAAAGAAAAUCUUCUGUCCCAUAUAUGUAGUUAAUUUCACAAUAAAAACAAAAACAAACAAAAAAAAAAAAGAGCAAAAUGUUAAAGAUUCAACAAGUUGUACAUAAAAUAGAGUGAGACAUACAGACACACAGAUCUAUCAGAUUCCCUUUCCUCCAAUCGCGUUCACCACCAACGACUUUUUCUAUGAAAAAGCCUCCCUCUUUCUUAAACAAAAUAAUAAUAUCAAUAAAUAAUACUAUAUAUACUAUCCUUGAUUUUAACUACUGCUAUAACUCCGUCCGUCUUCAUAUAAUAAUUUUCUAUACUAGUUUUUUUUGUGGGGUACUUUUAACACACUUGAAAUUGAAUUUUUUUUUCUGUUAUUAUUUUUUUUUUUAAAUCAAACGUAGCUGUCUCCAGUGCUCCCCACGUUCUGCUGACCCUUUGUUGAUUCAUGAUCAAAGCCUUAUCACUUUUCAUUUCGCUCUCAUUUUGCAUCAAUGACGGGCGGUAAUUAUAAUAGAAAAUAAACAAAAAAAAAAAAAAAAAAAAUCAAUUGAACCGCCCUCCAAAGCUAAUACGACAACCAAUUAAUUUUUUUUAUUUUCAUUCUCGGAAUCUUUUGUCGUGAAAAAAGGGGAAAAAAAAAUUGAGAAAUGAAAAUAACAAAAAUUGCGAAUGUAUUGUUAAUUUUUACUUUGUAAUUCAAAUUUCGCAUGUCUUUAUGUUCCGAAAUUUCUGUUUAAAAAAAAAAAUGUCAAUUGGGAGCAACCCAUUUCCGCCAUUCGGAUUGUCAACUUUGUAUAUUUUUGCAAUCAUACAUCUGUUUCAAUUAUUA